CCGAAAGCACACGCGAGCACGCACCCACGCGCACAUAGGUACUUACGCGCGGUCGCGCGCGUCAAAUCCGUCGUGCUGCUGCGCGACUCCCGCAUGCCGAGAGAGCGUCACAACAGAAGCGGCAGCAACGCUCGAUCUUGGCCACUGGAAUUUUCUGCUUUCGUUCUCUCGACCAAACAUCGCCUACGAUGAGAGAAAUCGCGUUCUACCCCGAGAUGAGCGUCAAUCGAAUUUCGUAUCGACGAUAGUUUGACAACUGUAGCGCGCGCCUCACCGCCUUCAGCAGCAGUGCAAAGUUUUUAUCGCUUUCGACAAAAGAUAAAAAAGCUCUCGCGUAUCGCAGGCAUAAUUCUCUAUCGUUGUUUAAAGAUUCUCGCAUACAGUACUGCUUAUCUAGCGCUGUAUCUAAAACAUUGCUCGUUCGGUUUUGUUGGAGUUUUUGUUGAAAAUAGUAAUAUAAAAUCGAGUGUUUUCAUCGAGCCAUGGCCACCGCUGAACAGAGAACAGGCAUAAAAAUGCUGCCCGCGAGGUACUGCAUGGCGAUCAUGGGCUCGAUCGGCAUGGCCAUCAUAUACGGCUUCAAAGUCAAUCUCAGCAUAGCCAUCGUCGCCAUGGUCAAUCACACCGCCGUCAAGGAGCUCAUGCACAACCAGAGCCUCACGAACGCCACGUUCAAGAUGGCCAAUUUGAGCACGACAACAACGGCGAGACCGCGCGGCUACGCAACGACCCCCAGGAGCUACUACUCGACGACGACGAGCAAAUACAACCUGACGGGCCUGAGCUCGUUGACGUCGGCGUCGCAGCCCGAGAUCGACGGGCCCUUCGUCUGGGACGAGCACCAGGUCGGCAUCAUACUGGCCUCGUACUUCUGGGGCUACCUGGUCUCGCUGAUGCCCGGCGGCAUGAUGGCCGAGUACCUGUCCGCCAAGUGGGUCCUCAUGGUCUCGGUGCUGCUGAACGUCGUCGCGUCCCUCCUCAUGCCCAUCGCCGCCGAGAUGCACGUGGCCAGCUUCAUCUGCAUGAGGAUCAUCCAGGGCAUCGGCGGGGGUGUCAGCUUCCCAGCUAUUCACGUUAUGGUGGCCAAAUGGGCGCCACCGAACGAGCGAAGUAUUCUCGCCUCGAUAGCUUACGCCGGCACGGCGCUCGGCACGGUGAUCUCGAUACUGCUCUCGGGCAUGAUAGCGGCGACUCUCGGCUGGAAGUGGGUCUUCUACGUCGAGGGUCUGCUCUGUCUCGUCUGGUGCAUCGCUUGGGGAUUCAUGAUACAGGACUCGCCGGAGCAGCAGCGCUGGAUCACCGAUGAGGAGCGCGAGUACAUCAUGAUGUCACUGGGUCACAACAAGGACAGUCACAAGAUGAAAUUGUCGACGAUACCCUGGUUUAAAAUACUAAAAUCGCCACCGUUUCUGGCCAUCGCAGUUGCUCACUUUUGCAGCAAUUUCGGAUGGUACAUGCUUCUCAUCGAGCUGCCAACUUUCAUGAAUCAAAUAUUGCACUACGAUCUAACAUCGAAUGCCUGGCUAUCGGCUCUGCCGUUCUUCUGCAUGUGGAUAUUUACUCUUGGCCUUAGCAAACUGCUCGCCAUUAUGCAGGACAAAAACUGGAUAUCUGUCACGGUGUCGCGAAAAAUCGGCACCCUAUUUUCAUCAGCAGUGCCAAUGUUUUGUCUAUUGGGUGCUUCGUAUGUGAGCGACAAAAACGUGGCGGUGGCUCUAAUGACGAUCGGCAUUACCUGCAUCGGCGGCAUGUACUGCGGUUUCUUGGCCAAUCACAUUGAUUUGGCGCCGAAUUUUGCCGGUACACUAGUCGCGAUAACCAAUACCAUAGCCACAGUACCGGGAUUCGUCGUGCCAAUCUUCGUUGGAUACAUUACCAAAGGAAACCAAACCAUCGAAGCAUGGAGAGUAAUCUUCUUCAUGACAGUGGGCCUUUACAUAAUAGAGAUGCUGAUUUAUACCAUGUUCGGCACGGGCGAAGAACAGCCGUGGAACAAAGUCAAAUCGUCGUCAUCGCAAGACUCCGAAAGGCCCGAACAGACUGUUCCUCUGAAAGAGGCAAAACAUUAAUUAUUUUAUUAAUUUAACAGCGACAACAGAUAAAUAUAUAUAUGUGUAUGUGUAAUGCGAUGGAGUAUCGAGACAUAAGAGAUUUUUUCUCAUUCCGUCGAAAUUGAAAAAAGAGAAGCAAAAAUGAUAGUAAAUGUCCCUCGCCCGCAAAACUUCGUUUACUAUACGAUAUUACAAUUUUCAUCAAUCUCAUUAUUAUAAAUAUUGACAUUCUCACUAUUAGCAUUUUAUAUAAAGAUUUUUCAUAGUUGUACGGUAUAGUGUGUACGAUAGUAUUUAAAAUUUUUUUUUACCGAUUUAGUAUUAUACAUAACGUACAUUGCUCAAUAAAUAAUAGUACAAAAACAUAAAUAAAAGAUAUUUACAAAUUUGUAUUGAUGCAUUGUAGCUAAUAUUUACAUAGAUAUAUAAAUACAUAUAUGAAUUGUGCAAAAGAGUAUUGUUGUGGGACAUUUACAUUAGUUAAUUAUUCAACUAUGAGAAAUUAUGAAAAAUUUUAAGACUUGUACUUGUUUACAAAUUAUAUAUAAAUUAUAUAUUUACAAAUGAACCUACACAUUAAGUCUACGGUAUAUAAUUUGACUGAAUCAUUUUAAAUAUUUUUUCACUUUUUAUGAAAGUAAAAACCUAAACGUAAUAUAUUCUAAACAAAAGCAGAACCACAAAGAUGAAUUAUGUAUUAUAUAAAUGUUGAUUAAAAAAUUAUAAAUAUACUAAAUUAAAU